AUAGUUUGUGUAUAAAUAGUGAAGAAAUGGACUACAGAGCUCACUCGUCUCUAGCGACUCAGCACGUUUUACACAUAUUGAGACAUUAAAAAAAAGGUUAGAAUGAAAAAACUACUUCCACUUCUGCUGUGUCUGGCCUUGGCUGUUCUCCUCGCUCACGGCAUGCCCCCCAUCAGCAGGGAGUUCAACACACACUGCCGCUGCGCCGAGGUGGAGUCCCGCAUGAUCCCCCCCGACCGCCUGAAGAGCCUCAAGAUCUUCCCCCGGGACGCCCACUGCCACAAGACCGAGGUCAUUGCUGGAUUGACCAAUGGAGAGAGGAUUUGUCUUAACCCCCAGUCAGCCUGGGUCAGGAGACUGGUGCGAUUCGUCCUCCAGCAGCAGCAAACCCAGCCGCAGACUGAAUAAAACACCAAAUAAUGCUGAAAGUAUAGCUGAAAACCUCUGGCUUUUAUCUACAUAUACAUAAAGCCAACUGUGGCUUUACCUUUCAUUUGAUAUAGGCUAUAUGCAUGCUGCUUUUAUGUGCAGCAUAUCAUAAAGUGACACGAAUGUUUUCUUUCUCAAUGUCACAAUGGUAUGCGGAGGGGGCCAGCCGGGGGAGAAUUCUUUAUUGAAGAGGAUUGAUUAGUGCACCCAUGCGUCUGUGAAUGUGGAGAUGUUUCUCUGCACGGACGUGUUUUGACUUUUAAGUUUCACUGAAAGCAAAAUAUGUAGCAUAUUAUUUAUUUCUCGCCAAGUAGCUUACGACCAAUUAAAAACAAGUCUCUGAAUGCGUAAUAAUGUGUCAAACAACAAAAUAAAAUAAAAUAUUCACAAUAAAUACAA